AGCUGCACCCAUGUGUAACAUACGAAAUGGUUUUGACAGCGAUGGAGAAAUGACCGCUGUGGUAGGAUGUAUUUUAGGACAGUGUUCGUGAUGCUUACACAGAUGACAAAAAGCGUUUUAAAAAUGACAAUUUAAUAGUGACGAUAAGAUAAUGGCUCGGGUUGUGAAGGUGUUUGGGACUCUGCGGAAUCAUUGGAAGAAGUCCACAGUCGCGGCGUGUGCCCUGUCAUACGGUGGACACUGGUUGUAUGGUAAACACUGUGAUAAUCUGCUGCGAAAAGAAGCUUGUCUGGUGGCCAGGGAAUAUGGACGUCAGCAGAUUUCACCACAGGAGCAGCUGAGGAAAGCCACUGUCAUCCUAAACCCAGCAGCUUGUAGUGGGAAAGCCAAUACUUUAUUUGAGAAGAAUGCUGCCCCUAUAUUACACCUGGCUGGUGUGGAGGUGACACUAGUAAAGACAGACUACGAGGGCCAGGCGAAGAAAUUGAUGGAGCUGAUGGAGCAAACAGACAUGCUGAUUGUGGCUGGAGGGGAUGGCACUCUACAAGAGGUUAUCACUGGUCUGCUGCGGAGGGCUGAUCAAGAGUCAUUUAGUAAAACUCCCAUAGGAUUCAUCCCUCUGGGUUCCCACAAUUCCCUGAGUGAGAGUCUGCACAUCCUCAGUGACAAUCAGGUGAAACACAUCACAUCGGCGACACUGUCCAUCUUGCAAGGAGAAACGGUACCCCUGGAUGUGCUGCAGAUCAAGGGAGAGAAAGACCAGCCAGUGUUUGCCCUAAUUGGUCUACGGUGGGGGGCCUUCAGAGAUGUGGCUGCCACCAUCAAAAAAUAUUGGUACCUUGGCCCCUUGAAGACAAAAGCAGCUCAUUGGUUUAGUACAUUACGGCAGUGGCCCCAGGUACGUGAGGCCUCUGUGUCCUACCUGGCACCCACCCUUCGCCCCCCUGACCUGCCUGAACAGAAGCCCCAGCGCCCCCACCUAAUGUACCGAAUCGCCCACAGACUGAAAAAUUACUGGUACCCACCUAUUCCAGAGCCUCCAAAAGCGGAGGAGCCAGAGAGAUGGAAUGAGAGGAUGUUGUCUACUUUAGAGCUGUCGAUCCACACCCAGAACAAAAACCCUGUCCAGACGCGUACAGACGACUCCCUGCUGGUGUGUGUGGAGCCAGACUCCUUCAGUGUGGGAGAGUUCAUCACUGUUGGAGAGAAAAAAAUGGAGGAUGCAACUGCAUUCACAAGAAAAUCACUGAAACUGGAGGCCAGUGCAUGUCAACUCAAUCUGCCCGAGGAAGGCGCUGGCUUCUACAACAUUGACAAUGAGGAGUACGAGGCCAUGUCAGUGGAGGUGACGCUGUUGCCACGGAAACUGCACUUCUUCUGUAGCGCAGAGCGCAGAGAGCAGCUCCUCACACAGGUCCAGUGAUGGAAGCACUGUGAUGACAACACAUGCAGCAGACAGAGGAAUAGGGAGGAGGAUCAAAAGGGCCAGCACCUGGGGUGUAUUCAUUACAUCUUGAAACAGAAACCGUUUAAGAACCAAACGGAAGCAAACAGAAUGAAAUGUGGUGGAAUCUACCUGAAUUUGUCCAAUAGAAACUCUCGUUUUCGUUGCAAAAUAUUUUCCGUUUGGAGUAAACGGUUUCUGUUGCAAAAGGUUUUGCAACAGACUGUGUUUUGCAACAGAAUCGAUGUAAUGAAUACACCCCUGGGUCGUAUUCAGUUGGCACCAAACGGACUGAAACGGGGAGGGUCUAUCUUCACUUUUCCAAUAAACGCUUGUUUUCAGUUGUAAAAUGUUUUGCUACGGUAUGCCCUAAUACGACCCUGUAUUGUACUUCUACCUCAACCUGGGAGUAUGUCUGCUCUACUUGCCUCCUUACUGUCACUAAACAGCAAUAAAACAGAGCCGGACCAAUGUGGAACCGUCUACAGUGAGAUUUCAUUGUUAUUGAAAUAGAAAUGUUCAGUUGGAAUGGUUAUGGCCAUAAUUAUGGACGAUAACUAUGAUGCAGUAACAAAGACCAAACAUUUUGUUGCUAUUUCUGAACUCAGCCUGUAUAAGUCUGCCCUGCAGGAGUAUUGGUGUAACUGACUAGUUUACUACUGUAUACUCUCAUCAUGUGUAACACUAUUAAAUAAUUCAGUUAUGAUGUC